UUUCUUUUUGAUUCCCCGCCACCAACUUACGGAUGUGGGACCAUUUUCAUAUCUGAUCAAUACUACAACACUUACAAUCCCCAAUCCCGAUACCCUACCGUUUGCUCGCUCUUCCAUGUACCAAGUUCCAAGGUUGUUGGUUUUUCUUUAUCCUGUUAUGCCUGUAUGUCUAAUCGCAUUCCGCCUUCCCCAGUCCGUGACGUAAGGUGCCGUACGAUUGGAACAGCAUGAAUAAGACCCCCAUAUGCAAGACGGAUCUCACACACAAGCUUUUUCCUUAUCCUUAUUGUAUUAUUUACUUUACUCCAGUCCUCGACCGCCCGGAUCUACAAACUAGGGCUUUAUUCUUUCGGCCCGUGCUGUCUUGGGAGGACACCAACUCCCCCUCGACAUACUCUAUAAACUCUGCGUAUCCGUCGUAAGGACUCAGAGUUGGCCUUCGAUCUUGAUCGAUUUCUCAGAUUCAUCGUGAUCAUGGAGUUCGCCAACCACUUGUAUCAAGAGGAGGCUAUCAUGGACGGGGGGAAGCUCUCGCCAGACGUCAUCGCACCCAGGAAGUCCAGCCUCGCCAAUAACUUCUCCUACCCUAGGCCAGAGCCAGAAAGACAACUACGUCGUCAUGAAUCAAGUGAGAGCCGAUCAUCGUUGACGUCCGAUGGCUCUAUGCCGGGUAUGACAGACUCAUCCGACUCGGAAACAUCUUUCGAAGAAGACAUCAACUAUAACACAUCGGCUAGCGAACUAUGGGACAGUUUUUGGCCGGAUAACACCACAACUCCUGGGGAGCAGUACCCUGUGCUCCUACGAGCAUCACAAGCACCUAAUUAUUUCACUAAAAGCUUCCCGAAGCACCAGUCGCAAGAGACGGAUGACACGAUUACAAUAUCAAAAAUCGAGCUAGAUUCUAAACUCACUGCGGGUUCAUCAUGUGGGACCUUGGUACCUCAACCAUCGCCUCCGCGCCCGGCGACGAGGAACGGCCCGCCUACCUACUCUGUCUACCCUAAGCUGGAACCUCCUAAGUUGCAUCGAGUCCCUCUUCCACCACGAACAUCGUCACUGCUUCCAGCACCGGUCUCACCACCCCGGCGCCAAGUAGUCAAGCCGGCCAAGUCGAGCGCUCAGCUUAGACAGAGCAAGUCAUCUCACAGCCUUAAACGCAACGCCAUGUCUUCGGUUGCCAAGAUUCCUAUGCCCCCGAUGACAUCCAACUCAGUGCCCGUGUCACCCGCCUACCCUCCACCCCCACCACCUAGGGCUCUCCGCUCUACUUCUUCGGCUAUCAAUCUGCGCGAUAAGAAAAGCUCACCCAACCAAAAUCAACACAACACAGCAGUGCCUCUGUCGCCACUCAGCACUAUGAUUGCAACUCCACUACCAGAACCCCGAUCGUCUUCGCGACCCGAGUUUGAACGCUAUGUAUCAGUUUUUGAGAUCGAUUCAGAUCACGAGUCACAUGUGGGAAGUAGUAGCUUCACUAAACGUAUUGCACGUGGUUUCCACAAGAAAAGCGCGAGCGAGAAGCGGAGUGGCAACGACCGACGCGGAAGUGAGGACUCCAACGCCCAUGAUUCAGAAAAGGAGAAGGAGAAGGAGAGUCCAAGUCGCAAACGUGGUGGUAGCUUAGGUCGAAUCCUCGGACUCAGAAGUCGAUAAGCGUUGAUCUAAUCAACGCCACCACUGUCACAAUUUUUAAUGAUUUUUUUCCACGUCAUUCACUUUAUUGAAGUUUAUUCGGGGAUAGUCUGUCCGCAUUUUACAACUCUUGUACGAAGACACUUUUGUACGAGCUGGUUACGCGUCGAUUUUUUCCUAUGUUACGGUUGCAUUUCCUGGUCGGCACGGCUGGCACGAGAUCGGUUCAUGAGG